GGGACCGGGACCAGGACCGGGAUCGGGAGUGACCGGAGCGGGGCCAUGCGGGCCUCCAGGACCCCCGCCGCGCAGCAGCGGCCCCGGCGCACCCCACUGCAGGAGCUGCGGCUGCAGCCGGGCGCGGAGCGCACCAGCCUCACCCCGCUGCUCCACCGGCUGCGGCUCAAGGACCAUGACUGUGCCACCCCAGUGCCCUGCACCCGUGGCCCCCGCAGCAGUGUCACCCCCGUGCCUUGUGCUCUAGGAUGCCCCAGAAGUGCUGUCCUGCCUCCCCCCCGCAGCAACACUCUACUGCCUUGCACCCCGGGGCCCCCCAGCAACACCAUCCCGGAGGCCCCUGGGACUCUCUCCCUGGGUCCCAGUGUCUUGGAGCCUCCCAGGACUCCCACCCUGGUGCCCAGUGCCCCCAAUUGGACCAACCCAGAGCUCCCUGGCAGCUCCACCCCAGAGCCCCCCAGCAGCAUGGUGCAAGCAGCCCUGGACAGCUCUAUCCCGGGGCCCGGCAACAUGGAGCCCCCCAGCAGUCCCACCCCAGAUCCCUGUGUCCUGGAGCCCCCCAGCAGUCCCACCCCAGAUCCCUGUGUCCUGGAGCCCCCCAGCAGUCCCACCCCAGAUCCCUGCAUCCUGGAGCCCCUCAGCAGUCCCACCCCAGAUCCCUGUGUCCUGGAGCUCCCCAGCAGUCCCACCCCAGGUCCCUGCAUCCUGGAGCCCCUCAGCAGUCCCACCCCAGAUCCCUGUGUCCUGGAGCUCCCCAGCAGUCCCACCCCAGGUCCCUGCAUCCUGGAGCCCCUCAGCAGUCCUACUCCAGGCCAGCCCAGCAUCAUCAGCUCAGUGCCUUGCACCCCAAACUCUCCAGACAGCACCACAAUAGCACCCUGCACCCCUGGGUCCUCAGGCAGCACCAGCUCAGACUCCUGCACCCCAGGCCCCCCCGGCACCACCUCCACCCCACAGGAAGGUCCCUUCCAUGGGUGGCGAGUGGCACCCUCUGACUUCUCCUGCAGCCCCGUGGCCCCCGAGCCCCCAUCUGCAGAUGAGGGUGUUGGUUCCCUGCCUUGCCAAGACACCCCUGAGGAAGCCAAGUCCCCAUCCCCUGCCCCACAAGAGCAGGGACCCCCUGCAUCCCCUCCCAUUGAGGCAGGCAGGUCAGAGCCUGCUGCACUGGAGGGAACAGCUACCCCCAUCCCCUCACCAGAGGUGGCCUUGGGUGCUGUGUCCUGGGUGCUGCCAUUAGUGUGGCUGGAGAAGAGCCUCAACUCCUCAUCCCUGCUGGAGUCCCUGCGGCACAGCUUAACCCUGCCACGGCGGGACAUUGGCACCAACAUCACCCCAGUGCCUAUUGCAACCAUUGGCACCAGCGUCACCCCUGUGCCCACUGCAGCCAUUGGCACCAGCGUCACCCCUGUGCCCACUGCAGCCAUUGGCACCAGCGUCACCCCUGCGCCCACUGCAGCCAUUGGCACCAGCGUCACCCCUGCGCCCACUGCAACCAUUGGCACCAGCGUCACCCCUGCGCCCGCUGCAGCCAUUGGCACCAGCGUCACCCCGGUGCCCACCACAGUCACCGGCACCUUCAUGACCCCGCGGGACCUGAGGGAGAGCAGCACCAACACAUCCACGGGUCCCCCUCCCUGUGCCAAGGACAGCGCUGCCGAAACAGACUCCCUGCUCUGGCACUGUCCCCGGGAGCAGCUGAAGUCCCUGCCACGGGCAGAGCUGGAGGGGCGGCUGGAGAGCACCCUCAUCAUCAUCGAGGCCCUGUCGCUUCAGCUGCGGGGCUGGAACGAGAACCAGCGGACCCUGCCUGGCGUGGGGCCGGCUGAGCAGAGGGAUGUGCUCACCCAGACCGAUGUCACCCACCCCAAAGGGGAGGAGGAGAUCUACCGCAACCUCUACCUCGAGCUGCGGAGGAGGACGGAUGCUCUGCAGCGGCAGCGGGGAGUGGAGCAGGACCUGCAUCGGGAGCUGAAGACGGCCGUGGAAGGCAUGGGUGCCUGGAGCAGGCAGCGCCUCCUGUUCCAGGGCCUCGCGGAUGCCUCUCUCCAGAGCCUGCGGGAUGAGCAGAGAGCACUCGCCCAGGAGCGGGAGCAGGCGAGGGCCCUGGUGUCCCGGUGCCAGGCCCUGCUGGAAAGGGUUCCCAGCAAGCUGCAGAGCUGCCUGGAGGAGCGGGAUGCCAUGAGGCAGCGAGCGGAUGAAGCCCUCCAAGCCAAGCAGGAGGCGUCUCGCCAGCUGGAGGAGACCUCGGUGGCCCUGCAGGACACGGUGGCUAAACUGGAGCAGUUGACAGUGGCCAACUCGCGCCUCAGCGCAGACCACAGCUCCCUGAUGACCAGCCUGGCCAGCCUGGAGCAGGAGCGGGAUGCACGGCAGCAGGAGCGGGAUGCGCUGCAGCAGGAGAACGAGAAGCAGCAAGAGGAGAUGGCCUGGCUGGCGCGGGAGCGGGAAGCGCUGCAGCGGGAACGCAAUGGAUUGUGCCAGGAGCUGCGGGAGGCAACCGAGUGCCGGGAGUUCCUGGAGCAGGAGAACCAAAUGUCCCGCACUCAGCUGCUGGAGGUGGAGGCCAGGCUGAGGUCCACGCUGGACACGCUGCAGGAGUGCAGCCAGCAGCACGAGGAGCUGAUGGAUUCCCACCAGCGCCUGCGGGAAGAGCGGGCUGCCCUCAGCAAGGAGCUGGAGAGCACCAAGGCCGAGCUCCUCGACUUGCAGCUUAAGAGGAACAAAGUCUCCUGGUGCUCCAAGGACAUCGUGGAGAGCAAGAUGCGGCUGCAGGAGCUCGCCGAGUGCCUCAGGGCUGCUCUGCAGGAGGAGGAUGAUGAUGCUGAUGCUGCUGCCCCAUCGAAAAGCAGAGCCUGGACCCCGGUCCCACGUACUCCAGGCUGGCAGACCCCAUACCAUGUCCGGACCCCCGCCUGCCGCACACCGAUGGUCCGGACCCCACACCGUGCCAUAGCGAGCUCCUUUGUGGGCAGCGUCCUGAAAGCUGUGUGUGGGGAAGAUGCUGAUGAAGCUGCUGGAGUUGGGAGUGCAUUUACCAAGGACAAACCUGCUGCUACACCAAAGGCAAUAGAGCCUGAGGAUGGUUUGCUGGAGAGCGUGAAGCAGCUGAGGUCCGUGGUGUCCGACCUUGCCAUGCUGAGCUGCCGCAUCCAGGACCUGGAGCAGAGCGAGUUCAAGGCGCUGCAGACAGAGAUCUCCAACCUGCAGCUCCGUUUGGAGGCGGUGACAACGGAGAGCCAGGAGAAGAUCGAUGCCCAGGCUGCCACCAUCGUCAAGCUGAACAAGGCGCUGAGGGGCAAGCUCGAGAGUGAGAAGGAGCUGCAGGACGUGGUGAAACGACAGGAAGAGAAGAUGCUGCAACUCAUCGACAAGAGUGGGGAAGUCACGAGUCUGAAGGAAGAGGUUUUCCAGCUGAAGCGCUCGCUGCAGCGUGCAGAGACAGAGGCCAAGGUGCUGUGGGAGGAGAUGAGGGAGCAGAGACCCAAGGAGGACACUGUUCAUGUGCGGGAGCGAGUGCUGCAGCAGCAGGAGAUGGGCAAACUGCGGCUGCUGCUCCUGGAGAAGGUGGAUGAGAACCAGCGGCUCUCAGAUAAGGUCCAAGGGCUGGAGCUGCGGCUCCAUCGCAUCCAGAAAGUGCUGAGGAGCCAUGAGGAGAUGCAGGAGAAGAUGAAGGAGGUCCUGGUGGCUGUCCCUGACGUGGCCAUGGCGUGCCAGGAGCAUCACAGCCUGCUGCGGUACCUGGGCUUGAAGCCGGAGAGUGUCAGCAAAGAGGCUGCGGAGCCGCUAUAGCCCCCGGGGUGAAACCUUCCCCUUGUUAAUGCUGUAAUUAUUUAUUGAAUAAAGUUGUGUUGGCAUCCA